GAGGCCCAGUCUUUUGGUUGUGUUUAUUUUCCCUCUAUUGUUCUGUAAAUCAUUGUCGCGUGAGGUUCCAUCGUGUUUUUGCUCUGUGAAUUAUCGCAGCACAAAAACGCUCCCUUUUUGAGAGCGAUGGUUACAAAUUUAGUCGGAUUGUGUACAAGAUAGUUUCAGAUGCAACUAUUAUCGGUGGGUAGCCGUUAUUUAGAUAGUGUUCUAAUCUAUCAUUCCGUACCGUAAACACUCGCCACCCCGAUACAGUGGACAAGGAAAAAUCCAUCCAAAGCAGUGCGAAAUGUGUUGAUUUUAAUUGUUCACGCGAAAACGACACGUCACGGUUGUGUGGUGAAAGAUAAUCACAAGCAAAUGCUUCCCACGGGUUUUUGUGUUUUCGCGUCAGUAGUAGCGUAGUAUCAGUCGCACCAUCGCAUCAAGAGGAAAAGUGUUUUCUCAAUUCCGCUCCCCGUGUCCGUGUUGUGCAGUUGUUUUCUGCCUGCUGUUAAAAGUUCGACCAUCAAAGUGUGCCGUUUUUCAUUUGCAGCCAUUUUUUUCCUUCGCGUGCUCGCUGUGUUAUUAGAGUGAACCAAAUUAUAAGCAGCAACAAAGAAGCGUUGUGUUGGGUGUGUUUUUUAUUCUGUGCUAAGACUGCAUAUUCUUAUCGAAGCAGAGCAGUGCAUGCGAAGCAACGGAAAAACAUAAACAAAGGAUUAUCCAUUGCGCAAAUCUUCGAACGUCUUCCGUAUCGUAAAGGGCACCAAAGAAGUUCUUUUUACUGAAAAUAGCACACACACCAAAAAUAGGAUGCAGCGUUGGUGGUUUUUAGAAGAAAAUGGCGAUGCGAAGGACACAUCUUCGUCCACAUCGCAGAAAACAGAAUCGUCCGUGAAAAAACCAAAGCAACCAACCCCGGCCGGUGACCGACGGUACACGUUCCGUGUGCUAGUAACGUACGAUUUACUGAAGGAUGAAACCAUUGCCAUUACGGGCAGUUGUGAAUCCCUGGGUAAUUGGGACUCGGAACAGUGUGUCCAACUGCAUCCAGAAAGCGAUGGUGAUAGAAAUAUUUGGCGUUUGGCGACAGAAUUACCUCGCGAUGCUUCUGUGAAGUAUCGCUAUCUGAUCUGCUCGGUCGAUCCAACCAGUGGAAAUGUGCACGUGCGACGUUUCGAAACUCACACCGUUCCCCGGCAAGUCCCGAUCGAUCUGUCGGACGAGGAAGUACAUACCGGUCAGGUACAACCAAAGAUCGACACGCUUGGUGAUAUCGAUGGUAACAUUAAGCUGGACAAGGGUUGGCUUACCACCGAAACCAUCAUGCAGUUUAAGUUCUUCGAUAAUCCGUUUUCGGUCAAGGAACGCAUCAAGAACCGGUUGCUAUAUGUGAAGAUAACAACGAUGAAUUUACGAAUUAAUGCAGAAUCCCAAAACCUUUCCUCGUUGCUGGAAGAAUCACUUUCAAACGAUACUCGUGAGAAUGGGGCAGAAUCGGCGACCACGUACUCCUUCACGGAGGUGACCUCGCUUCGCAACCCGAACGUUUCCUAUGAGCAACAGUCACAGUUCGGCUGUCCGUAUCAUAAGGACGAUUUUCUUAUCUACAACGUAACCGUAGCAGAGCCAGAGAAUGUGGCCUACCUUGUCGAUCUCUACACGUACAGUUCCAAAUCGAAGGAAGACGAACCACCGUACCAUCUGGGUUAUCAUUACAUUCUACCGAAUUUUCUGAAAAAAUCCGAAGGUGUGCUAGAGCUGCCGGUAACGUGUGCUAGCAAACAUCGUCCGCUCGGUAUGAUGCGCAUCGAAUACCUGAAGGUAACUCCGCUUUUGCCCUCACGAUGCACCCUGGAGCGAUCGUACAUUCGAUACUGGAACAAACGUUGGACCGGGCUGGACGUGGGCCAUCGUGGAUCCGGCACUAGCUUCAAGGCGAGCGAUGGCAAUGUGAUCCGUGAGAACACGAUCGCGUCGCUAAAGAAGGCGGUCGCGCAUGGUGCCGAUAUGGUGGAGUUUGAUGUGCAACUGAGCAAAGAUUUGGUACCGGUGAUCUAUCACGAUUUCGACAUCUAUGUAUCGCUCAAGCGCAAAACCACACUCGAAACGAACGAUAUGUUGGAGCUUCCGAUGCGCGAACUGACACUAGAACAGCUUAGGAACCUAAAGGUCUACCACGUGGUGGAAGGUAGAAACCGUGAGGCCAAAUUCUUCGACGAAGAUCUGGAGGAGCAUCAACCGUUCCCCCAACUGGCCGAAGCACUCGAUCAGAUUGAUCCACACUGUGGCUUCAACAUCGAAGUCAAGUGGUCACAGAAACUGAAGGAUGGCCGGAUGGAAUCGGAGCUAACAUUCGAUACGAAUCUGUACGUCGACUGCAUACUGCGCGUGGUGUUAGCGAAAGCCGGCAACCGGCGGAUUGUGUUCUCGUGCUUCGAUGCCGAUAUCUGCACGAUGCUGCGCCUCAAGCAGAACCUCUAUCCGGUAAUGUUCCUAACGCUCGGCGUUACCAGCCGGUACCCGAGCUAUCAUGAUCCGCGCUGCAACUCGAUCGAGAUGGCCGUGCGCAAUGCAUAUGCAUCGGAACUUUUGGGUAUCGUAGCACAUACCGAGGAUCUAUUGCGCGAUCAAACACAGGUGAAUCUGGCGACCGAGAAAGGGUUGAUCAUAUUUUGCUGGGGUGAUGACAAUAAUUGUAAGGAUACGAUAAAGCAUUUAAAGAGCCUCGGUAUCCAUGCAAUCAUCUACGAUAAGAUGGACAUUUACUCUGACAAAGCGGUGAAGGAGAGUGUAUUUUUAGUUGGAGCCCGUGAAUCGCAAGCAGCACUGCUGCAGCAGAUUAACAUCGAGAAUCGUUACGAGCAGACGAAUCAGCACGAGUUUUUAAACGAUAAGGACGUUCGGCUCAGUCUGGACAAAGCGGCUUCAUCGACCGGUUCGGCACUUUCCACAUCAACGCCAUCGAUUUGAGUUUGAAAAUUACGGGCUUUUACUACCAGUGCAAACAAUAAUAGAUGUGAGUGAGAUUCUUAUUUUCACAUGUUGAAAUGAUAUGUUUUUUUUCUAUUUAACUAGGGAAGAUUGAUUUUUGAAUGCGUAUUUGCAUAUUACUGCUGAAAAGGAUUAGGUCAAUUUAUAAUGAUGUUAGCAAAGAAAUCUUACGCGCAUCAUCGCAAAUCAUACGGAUUGUGUUAAAACAAAUAUAGGCGUGAAGGUAUGAGGUGAUAUUUCGAAUUUAUUUACAAACCAAAUGAAGGAGUAGUCUCACCACGUUUAGGUGUACAUUUGAAGAUGGCCAAUUGGUACCAGCAUCUGCAUGAGAUUGAGAUUAUUAUAGUGUUUUUUUGUUGUUCUUACAAAUCACAUCGCCUAACAAACGAUAUGCACUGAAUGCGGGUUCAAAUUAAGAAAAGGCAAAUAAAAAAGCACUCUUUUUCUACCCGGUGCACACAGCAGCAAGUUACAAACGGAAAGCAAUCCACUUUCAUAAUACAAUAGUUAUUAUAGCUAUAAUGCCACCGAAAGCCUAAAGUAUCAGAAGCAAAAUUUAGCCAAUUUACUAUUUUCUAGGUAUACAUAUAUAAGUGUUAAAAUUUAAUUGCAACUGUUUCCUUUCACUGGUGGAUUGAUACUAUUAGUAAAAAAUUAUAAAAGUAGAAAUAGGUAGCCAUUAUGGCGAACAUAGAUUGUACACUAUUUAACACUAAGCAACAAGUUUCUUAUUUUUUGUAGUACGUAUAAGUUUCGUGUUUCUGAAACUAUUCUAUCUAACCCAUUUCAUGAGGCUUCAAUUUAAUGGAUUCAUCAUAAGCUGUUUCGUAUGUUUUUUUUGUUUAUUCUUUACUAAGUAUGUUCCAAGCGCAAUAAAUUAAGAAAAAUGA